CCUCAAAAGCGACGGAAGCACUUUAAAAAUCCAACAGACAGACAAAGCUGAGUUGCCUAUAAACUAUCGCAUUAAGUAGUGAGAACAACAACAACAACAACAACAACAAAGAGUAAAGUGUGGAAGCGUGAUGCACUUGUACGUGGCAUUGUGGGUGUGUGGCACGUUGCUGACGCUGCUGCUUGGCUGGCAGCAGCGAAAGUGUUGGCGCCUCAUUUGGCAGCUAAAUGGGUGGAGGGGCGUGGCACAGCAGCCGCUGCUCUGGUUUCUGCUCUGCAUCAAUCUGCAUCCAAACAGCAUUCUGGAUAAAGUGACACGUUUGCGAGUGCUCUUCACGCGUCCCUUGGCCAUUUUAAUUGGGACUCGAGCUCUGCUCUACAUCGAUGAUCCCGCUGGAAUGGAGUGUGUAUUGAAUGCAGCCGAAUGUCUCGACAAGACUUUUAUGCAGGAGGGUUUCUUUGCCCGCAAAGGAUUGUUGCAUGCGCGUGGUCAGAAGUGGAAGCUGCGACGCAAACAGUUGAAUCCCGCAUUCAAUCACAAUAUUGUGAUCAGUUUCUUUGAAGUAUUCAACUCGGUGGGCAAUCAGCUUGUCGAGCAAUUUGCCACACAAUCGAAGCUGCAUGGCGAUGCCGUCAAGUUCAAGGAUGCCGAGGAUAUGCUCAGUCGCGCCGUCCUCGAGGUAUCCUGCCUCACCAUCAUGGGCACACCGACAAAUUUCACGCAAGCGGAUGAUGCUCACAUUGCCACCACCUACAAAAGGCUGCUGGAAAUCUCAGCCAUUAAGACUGUGAAGCCUUGGCUGCAAAUCGAUUUGCUGCAUCGCCUAUUGGAGCCGCAACUUUAUGCCGAGGCCGAGGAAUGUAACCAGUUGCUCGUCGAUUUUGUGGCACAGAUUGUGCAGCGCAAACAUCGCAAUUGGCAGCUACGCAAUGCCAUCGACGAUGGCCCCACCGAAGAUGGCACCUCCUCGUGGCAACGUCGCAUAUUCAUCGAGCAGAUGUUUCAAUUGGCCGCCAAUGGCGAAUUAACCCUGCAGGACAUCGAGGAUGAGGCUCAGUCCAUGGUCUUGGUGUCCUUUGAGACGGUCUCGAACAGCAUAAUGAUUGCUCUGCUCUGUUUGGCCACGCACAAGGGCGACUGCCACGAGCGUUUGCGUGCUGAAAUUGCCAGCGUGCUGCCCUAUGGCAACGAUGCCAGCUAUGUGAGCGUCGAGCAUUUGCAGCAACUGCGCUACUUGGAUGCCUUUGUGAAUGAGGCACUGCGCCUGUUGGCCACGAUACCGAUGAAUUUGCGACAUGUUAGCCGGGACUUUCAGUUGGCCGGACGUGAUGCGAUUGUGCCACAGAAUACGAUUAUUGUGCUCGACACAUUCAACAUGCAACGCGAUGCCGCAUUUUGGGGCGAUCGAGCCAAACAAUUUGAGCCGCAGCGUUUCCUCCAACAUCAACUCGAUCUGGAGCAGGAACAGUGUGAGCAGGAUAUGAAAACAACAACUCUAGGAGGAUCACAGCGUCGACAUUCGUACAGCUUUUUACCGUUCUCAAAAGGAUUGCGAACUUGCAUUGGUCGUCGCUAUAGCUUCUUCAUUAUGAAGGUGUUUCUGGUCAAGUUGCUGACGCACUUUGAGUUCCACAGCGAUCUGCAAUUGGAGCAGCUGCAGUUUGUUGAAGGCAUCUCGCUCAAGUUUCGCAAUGCCGAUGAUAUACUCUUUCAGAUUCAGCCUCUUAAGCAGACAUAAAUAGUAUGUUUGCAAUCAUGCAACAACCUUUUUACUAUUAUUAUAAUAUAAAAUUAGCUAAUCACUAAUAUAAAUGUAAAUAUGUUGAUUUAAUGCUUUUCUUUGAUCAAGCCAAAAGUA